CAAACCCUUUGCGGUAGAAUGGAUAGCCAUAAGUUGACCCACGAAAUACUUCUGGGCAAAAAAACCCUGUCUGAGUACUACUUUCCGUCGUAACUUCACCUCUCUCCAAGCGAGUUGGUUUUCUCGUUUUGUUGACUUUCAUGGAAACUGGAGAGAGUACAGUUGUGUUCUUCUAUGAUGCUAUAUCACCUGAGGACAGCAAUGUUGUUUCACAGUCCCUUGAAGUCAUUGAGGAGGGAAGGCCCCAGUCAGCAGCUUUGACGACUCUGAAUCUGUCAGAUCUUCUGGAAGCUGCUUGUGUGUCUGCAACUUCUAAUAGCACAGCUCAAACCACAGAUACACAGACCAUAGUUACAGAGGCACACUCUUUCACAAAAGGUUUUCAGGAUGAUCACCAUACCGAUGACCACCUUUACUCGACAAGACAAACAGCAGAUGCUGAAGAAGACCUUUCAAUUAUGAACUGCAGCGUUGAAGGAGCAGCUGAUGAGGAUAAAGAUGAUACUGAUGAUGAAGAUAAUUCGAUUAUAGACUGCAAUGGAGAAGAUGAUGACGAUGAUAGCGUUGCACCCAUGUCAGAUUCUCACCUUCCAAUCAUGGGUCUUGUGCAGGUGUCCUCGCACAGCCCUGGCUUUCUCAAGACAGGUGGGGUCUACAAGUGCCCCCUUUGUGUUACAGUGUGUGAGAAUGAGCUUAUUCUUCAAGAGCACAUUAAGAUGCACAAGAGGAAAAACAAGCACUACUGUAAUUAUUGUGCUGAAGUGUUUGCUGCCAAAGCUAGACUACAAGAGCAUGUCAAAAGCAUGCACCCAUACACUUGUAUACAAUGCCAGGUGACAUUCAGCACUGAAUUAGAGUAUACAGUACACAAGAAUGAUUGUAAUUCGCAUUACAGUUGUGAUGAGUGUGGAAAGGUUUAUAAAACCGCAAAACUGCUUAGAAACCACGCUAAAAUUCACAAUAAACAGCGUUUUCCAUGCCCACAAUGCGAUAAGGUGUUCAGUUCAAAGGGAUUCUUAGCCAAGCAUGAGGUCAUUCACUCAGAUCAAAGACCACAUGUUUGUAUGGAAUGCGGUAAGAACUUUAAAAUGGCCUGUCAGUUGGCCAUGCAUUCAAAGAAACAUACAAAUGCUGAUCACAUCCACGAGUGUUCCACAUGUCAGAAAACCUUCGAAGGCAAAUUGUCACUUAUUAGCCAUAUAAAGUCAGAACAUCCUGAGUUCUCAUCUGCCCCAGAGCCAGUAGACGGUACUGUGGGUCACUCAUGCCCCACAUGUGAUCGGGUCUUCCAGACAAAUGCUAACCUUGAGCGGCACCAAGCCAGCCAUUCUGAGGAGAGACCAUACACAUGCAGCCAAUGUGACAAAGCGUUCAAAGCCCCCCACUACCUGGCACUCCACAUGAAGUCUCACUCUAUGGCAAAUGUUACAUUCGUGUGUUCUGUCUGCGACAAGGAGUUCCGCUCAAAGACGGCCCUUAUUAACCACCAAGUGAAGCACCUUGAUGAGAGACCAUUCACGUGUAGUGAGUGCGGACAGGCCUUUAAGAGGUUCAAUGAUAUGAAUAUUCACCUGAAAACCCACACCUCGGGGGAUGCAUUCAAAUGCAACACGUGUGAUAAAAGAUUUUGUAGCGCUGUUAACCUUAACCGCCACAUGUUGUGUCAUAACCAAGAAAGACCCUACGCUUGUGAUGACUGCGACAGAGCCUUUAAAAGACCGAGAGACUUAGAGACCCAUUCAAAAGCACAACACGCCAAUGUGGACAAAAUGACUCAUUCUGCCAAUGAAGAUACGCCACGUUCAAACGCAGAAAUACCCGCCCCUUCACCUGCUAAGAAGCCAAGGAAAGCGCACACGAAGCCCAAAAUAGAAGUGUUCAAGUGUACCAUGUGUGGUAGUGUUUCACAAUCGGCCGCGUCUCUUUGCAGACAUCUGAAAUCCCACCCUGGGGAUCCCAUCUAUGAGUGUACUCACUGUGAUAGGAAGUUCGCUCACGAGUUUUUGCUGACCCGGCACCAGUUGAACCAUUCCGCCAAUAAGCCACUCCGUUGUGAUCGAUGUUCUAAGGUCUUUGAAACCAUUGAGCAGCUUCAAGAACACAGGACAACUCACCGCUCUCUGAAACAAAAUGUUUGCCCCCACUGCGGUAAAGGAUUCCUUACCUAUUCCAAGAUGAUGAGACAUGUCGUGGUCCACUCUGACUUAAGGCCACAUAAAUGCCCUCAGUGCAGUGCAGCAUUCAAGAUAAAAGAUCAGUUGGCGCGUCACGCUAAAGUUCACACCCGCGAGAAACAGACAUUCACUUGUGAGGAAUGUGAUAAAGUGUUUGAAAUGGCUUGUGGCUAUCGUACCCAUAUGAGGUUCCAUUCCAACACAAUGACGAAAUCCUUGAAGUGUAGUCACUGUGAUGAAAUGUUUCCUACACGUGCAAAUCUUAUUGCACACCACAAAGAGGUCCAGGCCAAGGGCAAUUUCAAGUGUGAACAAUGCGAUAAGAGUUUAUUAUCUCAGUAUUACUUGAAAAGGCAUUUAUUGACCCAUACCAGAUCGCCUUCUUGCGCCUCGUGCAAGGAGACUUUCGAUUCCAAAGAGAAUUUGGAUGCGCAUGUGAACGCAGGAUGCCCUAAAAAGAAACCACAAGAAACUUACACUUGUGAAGUUUGCGAUAAAGGUUUCUCUAGAGUGAGUAGCUAUAAGACGCACUUUAGGUAUCAUUCCAAAGACACCUUGACAUUUAAGUGUAGCCAUUGCAACGAAACAUUCUCAAAUCGUCAAAGUCUAAUUGAGCACCAUAGGGAGGUAACAGCGGAAGGCGAUUUCAAGUGUGACGUCUGCGAAAAAUGUUUCAUCACGAAGGCCCAUUUGAAAACGCAUAAAGUGGUACACACAAGGCAACCGCGUUGUUCCAGUUGCAAAGAGACUUUCGAUUCCAAGGAGAACCUGAAACAACACUCUAGUGCUGGAUGCCCUGAAAAGAGUUCACAGGAGAAAGAGGCGUACACUUGUCAAGUUUGCGAUAAAGUGUUCUCUAGGGUGAGUAGCUAUAAGACGCACUUUAGGUAUCAUUCCAAAAACUCCUUGACAUUCAAGUGUAGUCAUUGCAACGAAACAUUCUCAAAUCGUCAAAGUCUAAUUAAGCACCAGAGGGAGGUAACAGCGGAAGGUGAUUUCAAGUGUGACGUCUGCGAAAAAUGUUUCAUCACGAAGGCCCAUUUGAAAACGCAUAAAGUGGUACACACAAGGCAACCGCGUUGUUCCAGUUGCAAAGAGACUUUCGAUUCCAAGGAGAACCUGAAACAACACUCUAGUGCUGGAUGCCCUGAAAAGAGUUCACAGAAGGAAGAGGCGUACACUUGUCAAGUUUGCGAUAAAGUGUUCUCUAGAGUGAGUAGCUAUAAGACGCACGUUCGGUUUCAUUCCAAGGACACAACUGGCUGGAAGUGCCAUCACUGCGAUGAAUUCUUCUCGACACAUGUGUAUCUUGUCGAGCACCAAGAGAGUGUUUUGGGCGAGAGAGAGUUCACCUGCGAAGUUUGCGACAAGAGUUUACUCACUCGAGCCCAUCUAAAGAGACACACGAUGAACCAUAAAAAGUCGCCCUCUUGCAGCUCAUGCAAAGAGACCUUUUGCUCGGAAGGAGAGCUAAAAGAGCAUUUGAGUAACAGAUGUGAAAGCCUUAAGUGCAAGAUCUGUGAUAAGUCGUUCUCUCACAUUGGCGCUCUCAAAGCCCAUGCAAAGACACACGGCAAGAGUGUAGGAGAAAAUACAGUUUGUGUCACGUGUAGUCAAGUGUUCUCAUCUCUCCAAGAGUAUCAGGAACACGCGAGAUCUCAUCAGACACAGUCUUCAUUUGAGUGCACUGAAUGUGGCAAGUUAUUCUCCCGGAACAAGGCACUGAAGAGACACCGUCUUGUGCACACCUCUGGAAGCAAAUUCUCGUGCGCCAUUUGUAACAAAGCAUUCAAAACUAAGCACCACAUGGAAAGGCAUUCCAAGAUCCAUAGUCGCGACAUUGAAGGUAUCGCUUGUCCCAGAUGCGAAAAGUCUUUCCGGUCCGAGGCACAGCUGAAAAGGCAUUUAUCAGAGCAUAAGGAUUAUGGAAGCAAGUCGCGCCCAAGAUCGCCAAGGAAGAUUGGACAGACCGGAUCCGUGGCACGUGACAAAAGAGCCGCGAAUCCAGUCUCCUCAAGGUCACGUUUACCUGUAGAAUCACAAAAGAGCUUGGAACCGAAGUCACGUGUCACAACUGACGUCAAGUCGAUUGCUCAAGCCACAUUAAGGUCACGUGGUAGCGCGUCAUGUGGUACCAGCAAUUUAACGCAAGGGAAGUUCCGGUGUGACGGGUGUAGGAAGACGUUUUCCUCAUCAAGGGAUCUGCGCAUCCACAGACGAGAACACGCAAAAUAGUGAGUGGGAGUUAGAUGAGUGUUAUCCUAACUAUGGUGUGGUGAAUGGAUUAUAAGUAAAGAUUGGCGUGAUGAUUGCACCUCCCGCAUACCUAUGCGCAAUAAGUACAUUCUUUUUAGAAAGUAAGAUCAGGGACUCCCCUGCUCCCCAGUAUUCCAUAGUAUUUAAAGAAUACCUAAAUCUGAUUUGAAAUAUGUAGAUAAAGACUUUCAGAGAAGCCUUGUGUAUUGGGUACGAUUCUUAAUCUCUUAAAAAGUUUUCCUUAUUCUCACAAAGAUGGGAUGUUGUUUUAAUUGGCUUAUUCCAAAGGCAGUCUCCUGGAAUAUGUACUGUUUCUGGCCAUCGGUGGAAUUAAUGUCGUUUUACGUAUUAUCUGAUUUUGAUUGGGAUUGGGAUUUUACUGUUAUUUUCAGUCAUUAUUCAAUUAACUGUUUAUGUAUACUUUCUGCCUUAGAAGUGUUCGUUUUUGUUAACAUUUUAAUGUAUUCAUGAUGUAAAAAUUAUUUAGCUUGUCGGUUUAUUCUGUGAUGGUUUUUGUACGCCUCCAAUUUUAACACAGUUUUAUCAUCUGUAAAUUUCACUUUGAAUUUUUAACGGAUAACACUCGUCUCAUUGGUCAACACUUGAGAAGGCUCCCGACCGAGCAAAAUCGAUGCAAAUUGUUAACAACUGUUGACCCAAUCAGAGCGCGCAAAAUGUAACCCGAUAAGAAUUCAAAGUCUUACGGGAGCUAUAGGUGGUUUAGCAGUUGCCAAGAGCACACACAUAGCUCAAACCGCGUAUCAUCGUUGUUAUUAUUAUAAUUAUCCAUCUUUAGAAAAAAUGCUUUAAAGACUUUUAUCAUUCGACCGUCAGUCGAGAAUCCUUAUAUUAAUAAGAUGCCUAUUCUAUCAUUCGACCGUCAAUCGAGAAUCCUUAUAUUAAUAAGAUGCCUAUUCUAUCAUUCGACCGUCAAUCGAGAAUCCUUAUAUUAAUUAGAUGCCUAUCCUAUUAUUCGACCGUCAAUCGAGAAUCCUUAUAUUAAUUAGAUGCCUAUUCUAUCAUUCGACCGUCAAUCGAGAAUCCUUAUAUUAAUAAGAUGCCUAUUCAAGUUCAACAGGUAGACAUUCGCCGAAUAGUCAUGCGUUCAACUUUUCCUCCCGCUGACAAUCCAUUCUACAAAAGCUUAGAUUUUAAAGUUUAAAAACUUUCUUUAGAAGGCAAUUACUGUUCUGUCGUGGUAGAUUUCGAAACCCCUGCUUUCUGAGUCCGUAUAUAGUCGUAUAGAAGCUGGAUUUUAGAAGUACUCAGUGGAAUUCGUGCCUUAGUAGGUGAAGUUUCUUGAAGAAAGAGAAGUGUUUAAAGGAAUGUUCUCGACGUAAAUCGCAUAAAUAAUUGAGCGUUGUACCUCGUUCCAUUGGGAUUAAUCACCGAAGUGUGAUCAAAGAUACGAACAAUUCAGCAUCACAUGACGGUCCGAGUUUAGUAUUUUAUUGCCUUAUUUGGGCAAACUUCCCUCCGUACACUCAAAGGGACCUUGUCCAUAAUUACCGGUCCUCCUGUGGUAUUACCGUAAUAUGGACCCGCGGAAUAAGCAUCUGCAGUAUCUUGUUUGCUAUUGUAUUAAAGGACUUUAUUUUUGCAAUUUUUAAAGAUCCGUUUCAUAUUUUGCAGUACACCCUUGUUUGUAUUAAGAUUCUCAUUUUAUUCGCAGUAGAAUAAUAAAUUCACUUCUCAUUUUCGAUAUUUCUUAAACUUCUAUUUAAUCCACUCUUUUUAUACUUAGCAUCUGCGGGAAAAAUAAAAUCAAUAUCGGCUACUUGCUUUUCUCACAAUAUUCCCACAUUUUACUAUAAGCUCCGAUAGUUCUUUGAUAUUCCAGAAGUCAAAACGCAAUGAUAUGCAUUAUUUGUAAGUUUAAUAUGUUUGUCUUUUAUUCACCUCCAUAUUUAGUCAAGACUUCUAACUUUCGAAUGCUUGACGCGAUAGCAGCACCCUAGCGACGUAUUAUUUAUUUCAAGUAAUUGUCUAUUCCUGGGGAUUAUCAUUAGAAUUAGCAUGACAUCAGCUGGCUACACACACAAUUCAAUAUUGUUGUCACGGCGCAACCCGCAACGAACUGUGUUGCCUAUCUAUCUAAAAACUGCGGCUUUUGGUUUAUAAACCAUGUAAGGAUAUAAUUUCGUAAUGAAUUAAAGUCAAAGUAUUGUA